GGGAAGCAGAUAUUGCGCGAUCCGACGGUGGAUGUUGCAAAAUAAUGUGAAUCAUUCUUUUGCGCGAACGAUACAACCCAAACCCUGACCGCAUGUUCGGAGGCCACUCAAAGCUGCAGGUCCCCACCUUCAGUGAUACAAUAGAAGUACCCCUCGCCGUUCUCGCCUUUCUCACCGGCCGACGCCCUUCUUUCCGGCUUCGAUUCCGAGAUCUUUCAUCUCUUUGAGGGGGGGUUUCUUGCAGCCAAACCCACCUUCAACUCCGAUCUCUCGCUUAUUAGGUUCCGAUCCAAACAUGGCUAACAGGCACACCAUUAUUCUAAUGCAGACAUCCCAAAACAGGGCAACUAGAACGUUUAUGGAUUAUAAUUCGAUUAGUCAAGCUAUGGAUGGAAUCUGCGGUUUGUAUGAGAGGAAACUCAAGGAUCUUAAUCCCACAAUUGGAAAUAUCACUUAUGACAUCACUGAUCUUUACAACUUCAUAGAUGGCCUGACCGAUCUUAGUGCAUUGGUGUAUGAUCACUCAAUUCAAGCUUUUCUGCCUUACGACAGGCAGUGGAUAAAACAAAGGAUAUUCCAACACCUGAAGAAAUUGGCCUCCCGUUAAAUAUCUUUGUUGGAUAUGCUAGAACCUACAAAACAUGAAGAAAAUGUGGAUGUUAUAGGGUGUUGUUUACUGGAUCCUACAAAAAAGGAGAUCUGUAUUGUGUGGUCUUGUUAAUUUCAAGUGCUUGCCCUUGGUCAAUCUGUGGAUAUCAGAGGUUCCUUCAUUGGGUUCUGAUUGCAUAUUUGACGUGUCACAACUAUAUAUGCAUCGUGGUAUGUCACCCUUGCUUGUGGGCAGAUGUUUCAACAGUUUCCAUAUGGUUGUCUCCCAUGUAUUAUUCAAGUUACUCUAUUUUGAUGCUCCAUUUUCCCAAACUUGCAUGAUUUCAUCUUGUAGCAUCUGAAACACUGAUUAGAUCUGUUAGGUCUCUUACUUUGGGACCUUCA